AUGGACCGGGGGGACGCUGACACCGUCGGGAAGGACCUUGGCCCUGGCCGGCAGACGCUGAUCGAAGCACCGCUGGAGGCCCCCAAAAGCUCAACUGCGGUCAACUUCCCCAACUCCCCGAUUGUUGGGCCGUCCGGUUCCACUGGCCUCUUCGUCCCACCAUUUCGCGCCAUUGGGGCUGGCGCCCAAUGGGAUCAUCCGCCUUUGCCCCUUCCAGCGACCACUCAGAGGCCAGGGAACCUGAGAGCCUGA